AAUGUUAACGGAAGUUUAAUGUCAACUUCAUUUCAGAGAUGCUUGAGAUGCUGAAGGUACGUUAUGUUAUUUCACUAACUGUGUGGUGAAUGGAUGUACAGUUAUUUGUUAACGGUAUACUGCAGCUUUAAACCAUUUCAACGUGACAGGUACGCUGUUGUUACAAAAUUAUGGAAGUUCCUGGUCAAAAAGUGACGAAAGACAAAAAUGCCAAACUGUGUAGUUUAUGUGAAGAUUAUGAUAUAACAAGUAAUGCAGACGGGUUUUGCCUAGAAUGUGAAGUCAACAUUUGCAAUUCAUGUUUUGUGAAACACAAAGGACGUAAAAGUAAUAGAAAUCAUUCCUUAGUAUCAGUCGAUGAUUCGAGUUCGGUAAAGGUAACGGUUGGUGAUACGUAUGAAACAUGCCAAGAGCACAAUGGAGAAUUUGUGAAAAUUUAUUGUUCAAAGCACGACCAAGUUGGCUGUGCAGAAUGCAUUCUUGUAUAUCAUAAUGGAUGCAAGUUGGAACAUAUUCGUGACAAAGCUGCUGCAUAUGAAAACAGUCAAGAAUUUGAAAAUCUUAGAAAGGAGAUGAAUAAAUGCAUGAAAGAGGCUGAAGACAGUCUAUCAUUGAUAGAGAGCAACCGAAAACAGCUUACCGAGUUCUAUGAGCAAUUUGUUAGCGACGUAGAGGCAUUCACAGAUCAUGUAAUUGAACGUAUAAAUAAAAUGAAAAAGAAGGUUCUGAAUCAGGCAAAGGACAUUAUGUUGAAUGACAAGAGGAAAAUGGAAGAUUUACAGAAGGAUAUCGACGACUUGAUAGCUGAAUUGACACGCCAAAAUAUUGAACUGGAGUCAAAAAGUGACACGCCAAAUAACCUUUUUGUAGCCACCCUACUAAUGAAACCAGAACUGAAAAAGAUCAAGCAAAAUUGUGAUAGUUUCAGACACAAAAACAUUGUGACUCAGUAUAAAUUCAUGCAAGACAAAAUUCUCGCUCAGUCAAUAACAGAAAACAAGGUGAUUGGGAUGCUCAUUGAACAGUCGUUUGAACGAAGUGAACAUCAUCAAGACGAAUUUAAACAAGCUUAUUCCGCUGAUGAAGGACAAGUUCAAGAUCCUUUACCUCAGCAAGCACAAAGUGAAAGCAGAAACAAACAAAUUGGUAAUAUUUUGUUUUAUCUAAUCUUGAGACGUGUAAUAUUAAUAGCGAAAGAAGUGGCAGAGACAUGUACAAUAGAAGAUGCGAUCAAGGCCAUUGCGCAAAAAAAGCUUCAACCAUUACUUGACAGAAAACUGGUUUGCAAAAAUCUAACAAUAGAUGGCGAAUGUCUCAGUUAUGCCGCAUACGAAAGUAAUGAUGUUGGAUUGUACGUGUUCAAGGAAAACGUGCAUAUCGGAACAUUCUUUGAAAUUGAGAUAAUAAGCAUGGGUAAAAGAGGGUCUAUAGCUAUUGGUGUAGUGCCAGAUAACUAUUCUGACAAUCUUCUACUGGGCGUAGGCAAUAAUUCCUGUGGAUACCAUUCAGACGGCAAUGUUCGGAAAAAUGGAAGUGUAUGCGAUAUAAAGCAUCGACAAUCGUGGCAAGUGGGAGAUAAAAUCCGUUGUAAAAUAGGGUAAGUGUAAGA